UGUUGCUCUUAACCUUUUACAUCAUUUUUAAUCCUCUGCUGUAUUUUAUUCCCUCUCUCCUUGCUUCCUUUACUCACACUUAUUGUCCGUGCUUGACUUUUGCACCUUUUAACCUGUAACACGAGAAGACGAGCUGCAUCUUUUCCUGUGUGAGUAACACCACUACAACCUCAGCAUGUGACAAGCCGGUUAUGCUUAACAAAUCACACCAAGCUUGGACAGCUGCCCCACAGGAGGAACAUGAUGGCUUCAUACUGACCAAGAAAAGUAAGAUAUUUGACUGUUUAAAAAGCCAGCGCACGUGAACAUGGACUCUGCAUCGAGAGCUCAGAGGAGAAGGAUAACCGUGGCGGCAGCUGCAGCCGAUGGGGGCUACGCCUGGUUCAUCCUGCUCUCCUGCUUUCUAGUUUUUGGUCUGACCUUUGGGGUCAUUAAAGCAUUUGGUGUAUUCUAUGUUGAGAUACAUCGAUACUUUGAAACCACAGCAACAGGUACAUCGUGGAUCACCUCUAUUGCGGUGGCUACCAUUCACAUUGUAGCUCCCGUGGCAUCUGCACUCAGCGCCCGCGUCAGCCAUCGCGCUGUAGUGAUAACGGGGGGUCUUAUGUGCAGCUUAGGAGUUGUAUUUGGGGCUUUUGCUAAUAACCUCACUGAACUCUACUUAACAGUAGGGUUUCUAAAUGGAUUUGGCUAUGCUUUAACAUGGACGCCCACAGUGACCAUGCUGGGCUACUACUUUGAGAAGAGGCGCCCGGUGGCAAAUGCCUUAUCCAGCUCAGGAGAAUGCAUUCUUACCUUUGUCCUCACCCCCUUAUUUCAGCUGCUGAUUGACAGCUUCUCUUGGAGAGGUGCUCUGUUGAUCUUAGGGGGUCUGCAGCUUAACCUGUGCGUAUGUGGGAUGUUGUUGAGGCCCCUGAAAGUCACCAAAGAUCCUACUAAUGGCAGUGAUGUAAAAGCUGCAGAAGAAAGCUUGGACGUCAGAUCAGUCUCUAAAGAGGACUUGGAUGAGGUCAAGUCCAGCUGCCAUGUAGGGAAAGAGCUGGAAAUAUCCGAGGAUGCUGAUGAGUGGAGAGUGGAACUAUGUUUUGAAGAUCCCAAUGACAAAUAUAAUAUGACUGAAGAAUCAACCAGUAGAACUAAGUGGACUGAACUAAAGAACAAAAUUCUUCUAUAUGUAGAUUAUACCCUCAUUACAAAUGCUCAGUUCAUGAUCUACUCUAUGUUUGGGGUGUUUGCUGCUCUGGGUUUCUUUGCCCCAGCUCUGUUCCUGGUUCCCUAUGCCCGCAGUAAAGGGAUCGAGGAGUACCAGGCAGCUGCACUUAUGUCCAUCUCUGCAGUGCUGGACCUCUUUGGAAGGGUGUUUUUUGGCUGGGUGGCAAACCUGAGACUGAUAGAGACGGUGCAGCAGCUGACGGCUACAGUGAUUCUGCUGGGUACAGUGUUACUGCUAUGCCCGCUGGCUACCUCAUUUUCAGAGCUGGUUGCUUUUAGUGCAGUUUACGGGCUGGUGUUUGGUGCAACUGUUGCCAUUCACAUCACUGUGCUGGCUGAGGUUGUAGGCAUCCAGAGGCUCGGAAGUGCACUGGGGUUCUUCAUGCUUAUACGCAGCAGUGGAGGCUUGCUUGGACCACCUAUUGCUGGAUUCUUCAUUGACAAGAUGAGUGACUAUGGGACAGGUUUCCUCAUGGCAGGGGUGUCUCUCAUUGUCUCUGCCUUGUUCCUGCUCCUCCUCCGCAUAAUGAACCGAAGAGGUCAGGGCACAGCUAACAAGAGCCGUAAUACACACAAGGACAACAUAGGACAAAGUCUAGGAGAGGAAGAAAAAGAGGAGCAGGACAUGGCAUGACAGAGGAUUAUCUGCAGUUAGUGAGUUUAAAAUGGUGACUGAGCCAAAGAUUGCCAUCAAAAAAGGAAAAAGAAGAAAGCAAGGAUUGGCAAGUUACAAGGCAAAAACUGUCACCCUGCCAUAUGUUUCUUUUACGUACACAAGCAUCACACCAAAUGUCCACUGGAAAUAAAGAAAAUGUAAUUUUGUCAUUUUGACAUAAACACUUUGCAGCUGAUUUCCUCUGUUUACUUUUCACAAAGCACAAUUUUACAAAGCGAGCUGUCUCUUUUUUAUAAUUUUCGAUGUUAGCAGUGUCAGUUCUGCAGGCAUGUUUACAGUCAGUGGAUUGGAACAAAUGUAUUGUUUUUUUAAAGAUGCAUUUGAGAUGAAUUUCAAGGAAGAGCAAGCAGAAACACAUGAAAGGGCUAACCUUUUUUAACUGAAUGUUCAAUGCUUUUUGUGCCAAUAGACUGACGAACAUUUUGUACACUCCCUGAAGCACUCGUAGAAAACACUGGACUCACUCGUCUGCACAAAGCUGUAGUAAUGAUAAGAUUUGACCUGAGUGUUCACAAGCUCAUUUCCAUAUGUUAAUAAAUGCAACUUUGUUACUGAA